AUGGUCAACAUGGGGCUGGGCUUAGUGCGAGCGCAACCUCCGAGCUAGUCAGUUGAUCCACAACCAUCCAAGCAUCUAAACAUGCAUAACACUCUAAGAUUAUUCCUAUUAACGUUCUGUGUCGUUAUCACAAGUGCACAGAUAGACGGUCGAGAUUUUCUAAUCUUUGCACACACAACAGAUGCACCACCGACAGCACAACCAACAACCGCACGAUCCACCGGAGACUUUGUGCUUGUUAACAAUUUGCCGGUAGUGGGUACGAUGGCACCUUUUGUGACCGCUGCUUCGGCACCUUCGCCUCAGUUCUUGGACUGUUUUGGCCGGUGUCCGACAACGCCCGAAUAUAAUCCCAUCUGUGGCAGCGACCGGCAAUUAUAUCUCAAUGAGCAGAAGUUCAAUUGUGCGCGCUUCUGUGGUCGAGAUGUACAAAUUGUGCGACGGGGCAGUUGUCAAGGUCUGUUUCCCAUGCAGCGCGGCUGAAGCCAGAUGAAUCAUGUACAUAUCUUUAGACAACACAUAUAUUUAGUAUCAGGUGUAAUAAUAUCAACUGUAAAACAAGUAUGACAACUGUUUUAUUUCUGAACGUGGUAGGUAAAAGGAACAAGAGCGUAAUACUCACAUAGUAGGGUAUGUAACAGACUGAAGUAGGCGACUGUUGUUCCA